AUGAUCGGAGAAGAACGAAACGGCUUAAACCCUAGUCUAAAUCUAAUGAAGCCUCACACGACGUCGUUUUGGGCUUUUCCAUUUUUAAAUUAUUUUUUAUAUAUCUAGUUAAAGAGAUGUGCUUCAUUUGACACAAGAGAGAAGGUGAAAUGUCGAAUUGCAGGUUUCUCUACCACAACGGCGUCGUUCUGGAGGCUCCUCCCGUCGCUACUUUCCUUCAGUCUCUCCCCGGGGCUUAUACAACGACGAGAACGAUAGAAAGUGGCACUAGAUUCUUGUUCUGGGAGAGACACAUGAAGAGACUCUCCAGCUCCAUUCGUAUCCUUUUGGAUUCAAAGCCCGAUCUUUUGUUCAGCUCGGUGUCGUCGUCGUCAUCAUCGUCGCGGUUUUUGAUGAUGAAUCGUUCGGUUCGUGAGUCGAGUAUUUACGAUCUAGUGAAUGGGUCUAUGAGCGAGGCUAUGAGAUCCGUUGUAUCCAAGGAAAGGGGGAGACUUUGUGGAGAAGAGUUAGCUGUGACGGUUCUUGUUACUGGUGACGAGGAGAAGUUGAGUAGGUUAGACGAUGAGAAGGUUGUGGAUUGUCUAGAUGUGUGGUUGCAUAUAGGUGGGUACUCGUUAGGUGUUGGUGAAAGGGCUGCGAGUUUGGCUUUGGUUGGUCGUGGAAGAGAUGUUGCUGCUGCUAAGUACUCAGACUGGGUAAGGCUGAGGAAGCCUCUUGAGAAGUUUAGACCUCUUUCGACUACUGAGCUUCUUUUGUCGAAUGAUGGUGAUCAUUUGCUUGAGGGUUGCGUCACAAACUUCUUCGUGGUUUGCCGCAGGUCAUCAUCUGGCAGUCUCUACGGUGGGAGUUUGGGCGGGUUUGAAGUGCAGACUGCACCUGUAACUGAUGGUGUGCUCCCAGGAGUUAUAAGAGAGGUUGUCAUCGAAGUGUGUUUAAGCAAAGGGAUACCAUACUGCGAGAGAGCACCUUCGUGGUCUGAGCGUGAGCUUUGGGAAGAAGCCUUCGUUACAAGUAGUCUGAGGAUUGUGCAGCACGUUGGGACGAUUAAAGUACCGGUUGGUUCAUUGAAGGCAUUGGCUCGUAGCAAACCAGAGGAGAUUGAAUGGAAGGAGAAAAGGUUUAAGGAAGGACCUGGAAUGAUCACUGAGUUAAUCCAGAGAACGAUAAUGGAGAGAGGAAUUGAAGAAGGGUUCCCGUUGAAGGACUUGUAAGGCCUUUUUCAUUCAUAUAGCUGAAGUGUUAUAACUGGUCCAUGUUCUACUGAUGUCAACAUGCGUCUCUCAUCAAGCUACAAAACCUGGAGUUAGAAACGUGUUCUUCUUCGGAUUACAUGAUGCUUGAUCAAGUUUCGUUUUGAUAGAUUUGUGUUUUUUUUUUCCUUCUCAUUUCCCUAGUAAUCAGAGUAAAACGAAUAACGGUCUGUAUUGUAUAUUUAAGUCAAUGAUGGGUCACAUCCUUUCAUGUA